AAGAAAUUAUGAAAUUUAAAAAGAAAAUCACUUCAAAAUUUCGGGAACAAAUUGCUGCUCGACUAAACUAUUAAUUUACUUUUUUUUCAAAAUGGAUGAUAUUAGUGAAUGCGAUUGGGCACCACCUCCAAGGGUCAGUAUAGUCGAAUCAGAAAUCUAUGAGAUUCAAUCGGGUCCUUGUCUACCAUCGAUUGAAGAUUUCAUUAAAAGCGAACUUGAAAAAGAAGAACUUACAAAACCUGAAGUCGAAGAAAUAUUAGAUGAUGAAGUCCUUAUUGAAACGCAUACAGAAAUUCAAUAUUCAUCACUACCUGAAGAGCCUUUAGAUGAUGCUUCAAUUGCUGAAGACCAAGAAGAAAUAGCUGCUAUCGAAACUGAGGAAGAUGAUUUCGAACUUCCUCCAGUUGAUACAAAACCAAAACUCACAAGCAAAAAAAAACAUACGGUUGAAAUUAUUGGAGUUGAUUCAAUUUCAAGUCUUGACAGAAUUAAGAGAAGAGCCGAAAGGAAACGUCUAGAAAAAAUUCGUACCAAAUUAAUUCAGGAUACAGAUGAUUUAAUUGAUAAUAUAAUUGCUGAUGUUGUUCAAAUGUGUCAAUAUGACGAUCCUGAUGAUGAACUUCGACAUCGUUUGGACGGAGAUAAAAUCAUGUAUGAGAUUGAUGAAACAAUUUCUGAACUUGAAAGCGAACAGAAUGUACGAUUAUUUUUGAAUCUAAAAGUUAUUCAAUAUUUUCAAGAGAAAAACUUAUUACGAACGCUAAUCGAUGAUAGUCCCUAUAUUGUAUUCGAUCUUAUUCGAAAACAUGAGGAAACAUUGUUGAUGAUAGGAAAAUACCAACUACUGGUAGAACCAGCUCAACAAGUCCUUGAUACAACAAUUCCAGAACUUAAAAACGAAUUGGAAAGCUUAAGAACAGAAUUCAAAUUAGGAACACAAACAUUCUUUGAUAUGGUCAAGAAAUUAUUUAAUAUUGAUAGUUUUGAGAAAAAUGAAGCAGUCGAGUAUUUGAUGAACAAGUUUAAAAGCAUGGAGCAAGAGAUAAGAAAAGUUCGACAUUAUCUUAUCAAACUAAAUCAUGAACAAGCAAAUUUAGAAGAGGAAAACGAAACCCUGGAUAACAUUGGACAUGGAUUGCGUAUAUCGUAUUUUGAAAAUGUUCAAGCAGAAUCUAAAUCUCUGGGGGAAAAAAUUGAAGAAAGAACCAACGAACUAAAUGAACUUCGUGCUACCUAUAAUGCCAACAUCCAUUUUCUUGCUCACACACGUGAAAAACAGCGCAUGCAACGCAGCACAAUUUUAGACCAACAACUUGAUCUGAAAGAACUUCUCGAAGAAAAACAAAAUUGCCGAAAGUACUUGAAUGACUUGAAAAUUGAACGUCAUUCCAUUCGAACAGAAUUUCAAAAACAACGCUUUAAAAAGGGUCUUUUCCGCAGACCCAAAUUUCUUCGGGACUAUGAUGCUACCGUGAAUGAUAUAAAUAAAAUGAAGGCUGCAGUAAAUCAGUUGGAAUCUGAAGACCUUGAGCUGGAUGAAAAAUUGAAUGAAAUUAAAAAAGCUAAUUCGCAACUAAAAUGGAGAUAAUUUAAACGUCAGAAUAUUCUUUUAUGUUUUCGAUAAUGGAUGACAAAUGACAUUUUGUAAUCAACAUCAGGAAUCAUCAGGCAUCAUCUGUCAAAAAACACUAUGACAUUUAACGUAUAUAGAAAUUUACGUAUAGAGUACGUAUAAAAAAAUAAAACUAUAGAAUUCUGUAUAAAUUUAUCUGUUAUCCUGUGAAGCCGGGAAAAUACUAAUGAUGUGUAUAAAUGUAGAUUUUUCUGCUUGGCUUGUUAUCGUCAAACUCAUUAAUUGGCUUCCUUUUGACAAAAUGUUAUCCUGCUUUUCCUAAUGAGUUUG